UGAUUCCAUUGAAUCUCCACCUCUCUGACGAAUGCAUCUCAAAGGCUGUAUCAAAGGCUAACUUCUCAAGCAUCAUGGGACUGAGCUGGUGCUGGGGACCCUUUCGUUUAGCUCCUCUCUCUCUCUCUCUGUCUGUCCUGUGUCUUUAAACUCGAUCCAGUAGCUUCCCGACGAUUCAGUGACCUCGCCCCCAGUUGCAUUGCAGCCUGAGCCGUUUCAGCACCGUGGACAGCGCAGCGGCACCUUGGUCCUCAACUCUUACCUGUACCUGACACUGUGACCAGGUGCUGGCGCCAACCCUCCAAUCACAGGCGAAGGGAGGGGUUGACGUCAACCCCCUCCCCCCCCCCCCCCCCUCCUCCAAUAAAACGGCGAAUCACAGCCAGAAUAAAAAAAGGGAUCAGGCAAAGAGGAGAUAGAUCAGCCACUGCUUCAGACGGCCCGGGGGCCCAGAGACCCACAGUGUCCCCUUUGCAAAUAGCGUGAGGAACGUUGAGCUUCUCUCUACUGCUGCCUCGAGUGGGUUCAAUUCAUCCAGAGCAUUGCACUGGCCACGACAGGCGUCACACUUCUCUCAUCUGAGGAUCUGCUGAAGUUUUGAAUCGACAGCGCUCUGUUAUUUUGGGGUUUUUUUUUAAUCCCUUACGUCCUGCCAAGAGCAGAACAAAAACCUAGCAAUGGACCUACUCGCCCAGCCCUGCGGUGAUCUAGCUGCCAACGGGUCCCAGCUCUGCCAGACUAGCCUAACCACCAUGAAUUCCAGCCUGGGCUCAGCCAACUGGUCCUAUCUCUGCAUCAACUCCAGUUCGAAUCUGUGUAACGGCACCGACAGAGUCCCUCUGAGCAAGAGUUCGGCUUCAAUCAUCAUCGCCAUCAUCAUUACUGCUCUUUACUCCAUUGUCUGUGUGCUGGGGUUGGUGGGCAAUGUCCUGGUCAUGUAUGUCAUUGUCAGGUACACUAAAAUGAAGACAGCUACCAAUAUCUACAUUUUCAACCUUGCUCUGGCUGAUGCCUUGGCCACCAGCACACUGCCUUUCCAAAGUGUCAACUACCUGAUGGGAACUUGGCCCUUUGGGAAGCUGUUGUGCAAGGUGAUCAUGUCCAUUGAUUAUUACAAUAUGUUUACCAGUAUAUUUACCCUCACCACCAUGAGCAUGGACCGUUACAUUGCUGUUUGCCACCCAGUCAAAGCUCUGGAUUUUCGCACACCACGAAAUGCCAAGAUUGUCAAUGUCUGCAUCUGGAUCCUGUCCUCCGCUAUCGGACUGCCCGUGAUGAUAAUGGCAACUAUAAGGUUUGACAGUGUUUUAGGAGUAACAGAUUGUACACUGAAAUUCCCACACCCUUCCUGGUACUGGGACAACCUCUUGAGGAUCUGCGUCUUCAUCUUUGCCUUUGUGAUGCCAGUCCUGAUCAUCACUGUGUGCUAUGGCCUGAUGAUCCUGCGCCUGAAGAGUGUUCGGAUGCUCUCCGGCUCAAAGGAGAAGGACAGGAACCUUCGGAGAAUUACACGGAUGGUUCUUGUGGUGGUGGCUGUCUUCAUCAUCUGCUGGACGCCCAUCCACAUCUACGUCAUCCUGAGGGCCCUGGUGAAGAUCCCAUCCACUCUCUUCGCAGCAGUGGCCUGGCACUUCUGCAUUGCUUUAGGCUACACCAACAGCUGCCUCAACCCCGUCCUCUACGCCUUCCUGGAUGAGAAUUUCAAGCGGUGUUUCCGGGAGUUCUGCGUGCCAACUUCCUCAACCAUUCAGUACCAGGGCUCUAACCGGGUUCGGAACCAUGCCCGGGAGCUGCCAUCCACCAUCCACACGGCUGAUAGGACUAACCACCAGGUAUGACUAGGCAUGCAAAUGUCCCUGGUACCCCACUCACACCAGGGAGAGGACCUCAACUCAGAACUCACCCAAAUCACAACAGGAUUGUAACUGGGGAAAGACAGCCAUUUGGACAACUGAACUAAUACAGAAUACUUGAUCGUUGCCAGAACUUAGUGAUUUCUCAUUUAUGAACUGAGGAAAACUUGCAACGGGAACCACAAUCCUUCAUAUUUAUUCCCACCCCAGUCCCACUCACAUCCUUCCAAAUUUUCUGCUUUUCCUUUACUGAACUGUGGCACUGGGGUACAGAUCCACAUCCAUUGGGAGUGCCUUCCCUGCACCUCAUCCAACUGCUUCUCCUUCAUAUGUCAAUCGUGACGACAGAUUAUUCAACCAUGUGGGUGUUCCCAUGCUAGAAUUUCCACCAAAAGAAUGUUUGUUUGGUGACUGUAUAUUUAUCAGAACCAGGAAUCCUGGCUGGUACCAAUCUUUUCACCCAGCCACCCGACCCCCUCUAAGUCCCACAGAUAAACUUUGGAAUUCCCAUGUUAUCUGCAUACAGGUUAUGGGCCAAAUGUCCAUGGGAUUUACCAAUCUUGUACUGAGUUCUGUUUCACAGUACAUAUUAUCUCUUUUAUACUACUGGAUCAGUAGAAAGGCCAUUCCUGUUUCCUUUUAACAAUUACAAACACCUUUAUCUUGUUUGGUAUUUUAUUUUUCCUUUGACUCCAGGAAUGUUUGCACCUUUAUUGCAGAUUUUUUCUUAACAGGAUGCUCUCUCACCCUCGUUGAGGUGAACUCGACCCAUUUUAAGGAGGGAAAAUGCAAGUCCUCAGUGAUAACAACAUGAUUUCUAGCAUGCUGUGCUAACUAAAUUAUAUGUACUCUAAAGGGAAUGGAACAGAGGUAAUAUCCUGAAAACAAAAUGUGGAAAAUGUUCUUUUUAACAGCAGAAAGUCUUCAGCCUCAACACUUGAUCAUGAAUGGUGAACGCUCCAGGUUGAAUAUAAAAUCGGAGCUUUCUCAGUGAAAUAACUUCUCUAUCCAGUGAAUGACAGAAAUGACUGGUCUGGAGGAGACAGCGACUCAACAGUAAUGUACUGUAUAUGGUCCAGGUCAAUGACCUGGGGACAUGGGCUCAUAUGCCACUACAAUUAAUGGACUUUAAACUUUUUUUUAAUAAAUCUGGAAUGAUAGUGACGAUGACAACUAUUAUGGGUAUUGUAAAAACUCAUCUGGUUCACUAACGUCCUUUAUAGAAGAAAAUUUCCCAUCUUUACCCAGGUGAGCCUACAUCUGACUCCAGUCCCAGAGCAACAUGUUGGACUCACAAAUGCCCCUCAGUUGAUGAACAUUUAGGGAAGGGAGAUAAAUGCUGGCCCUUGCCAGUAGUACUGUAUCUGAUGAAAGAAGAAAAAAGGCAAAUCUUUUCAUCUGUGUUGGGGGUGGAGGCAUUAAAGUGGGUCUCUCAACCCCAGGGUUUGGGUUAAGGAACAGAAGGGUUGGUAAUCUCUCAUUGAAAUGUUUGAAGAUGGGAUUAAGCUGAACGGUGACAAAUCCAUGCCACACCCAACUGCUCAGUCGGAUAGUUUUUCAACACUCACUGUCAUAGUUUAUCAUGGGUUUGGAAGAUUCAGUGAAAACAAACCUCAGCAAAUAUCUAACAAUUACCUGAAAGGAGAGGCCAUUUGGAAGGAGAGAAGACAGAAAAUGUUGUUGUACAUUAUCUUGUGGUUCAUGAUUCACAAUGGGGAUUAAUAUUCUGUGUUCAUGUUUCUUUUAAAUCCUUUGCACCCACUUCCUUUGUGCUGUUCAUAAUUGGCACUUACCAAAAUGCAAUAAACAGCCAGUGACUUCAUUGAAAUAGUGCACAAGAAAUUAUUACAAAACAUAUUCAGGAAUUUUUUUAAAUUGCAUGAAUGGUAGGAGAGGGAUUUUUAUAUUGUUUAUUUUGAUCAUUACUAAAUUUGUUUCUGUAAAUUAAUCCCAACACCAACGGAUUUAAAUAUUCCAUUUUCCCCAGUAGCUCAGUGGUUAGAACUGCGGCCUCAGAGCACCUUGGACUCGGGUUCAAUUUCAUCCUC